GAGAGCGGUGCCCUGGACUCUGCUGCGCUGCCUGCUCCCAGCCCCCCCGUGCACCCCGAGAUGGCUGCACAGCUCCGGUACCCUGGGCAGGUACCCCACGCUGUGCCACAGCUCCCCGCACCUGCCCCACGCCAUGGCGGACCCCCCGACGCUGAAGCCGCUGGUGGCCGUGGGCCAAGUCACCUCCACACCCGACAAGGAGCUGAACUUUGCCGUCUGUGCCGGGCUGGUGCGGGAGGCCGCACAUCGCAGCGCCUGCCUCGUCUUCCUCCCUGAGGGCUUCGACUACAUCGGCUCCAACACGGCACAGACCCUCAGCCUGGCCGAGGGACUGGACGGGGACCUCAUGGGACGCUACGCCGAGCUGGCUAAGGAGUACGGCGUGUGGCUGUCCCUGGGCGGCUUCCAUGAGCGCGGCCAGGACUGGCCAACCACGCAGCGCAUCUACAACUGCCAUGUGCUGCUGGACCCUGCAGGUAACAUCGUGGCCACUUACAGGAAGACCCACCUGUGUGACGUGGAGCUGGAGGGACGUGUCACCAUGAAGGAGAGCAGCUUCACCAAUCCUGGUACCGAGAUUGUGGCCCCAAUCAGCACACCAGCUGGGAAGCUCGGCCUCUCCAUCUGCUAUGACCUGCGCUUCCCCGAGAUCUCGCUAGCACUGCGGCAUGCCGGCGCCGAGAUCCUCACCUACCCUUCAGCCUUCACCGUCCCCACAGGCUCGGCACACUGGGAGGUGCUGCUGCGGGCCCGGGCCAUCGAGAGCCAGUGCUACGUGGUGGCAGCUGCCCAGACUGGGAAGAACCACGAGCACCGGACAUCCUAUGGCCACGCACUGGUGGUGGACCCCUGGGGUGCCGUGGUGGCCCAGUGCCAUGAGGGAACUGGGCUCUGCUACGCCGAGAUCGACCUCGACUACCUGCGCCGCAUCCGCCAGGAGAUCCCAGUGCACAGCCACCGCCGGCCUGACCUCUAUGGCAGUGUGGCGGCCAUGGGGCUGGCGCCAGUGCCAUGAGCCCCUCCCUGGUGUG